AGUGCCCUGCAGACUUCAGUUUUACAGCAGCGACAGGCGUUUGUUCAGUCAGAUGGAGGUUUUGAUAAAGGAAGUGCUCUUGUUCUUAUCGCCUUUCCUGCCCUGUGUCGAUAACAAACCUCGAAUGAGCGCACUGACCAUCUCGAGUGAGUGAAGUCAAUCCAGAACACACAGAACAGCUCGUAUUUAUAGCGAUGGCAAAUUUGCUGCGUCUGAUCCUGAGCGUGGCUGAAAAAGCCGCCAACGUGGCGCGAGUGUGCAGGCAGGAGGCGCCGUUAUUCGAGUUGCUGGUGCAGGAGAAAACCGGAGCCGACAAGAACAAAAAGUUCGUCCAGGACUUCAAGACGCUCGCAGACGUUGUGAUACAGGAAAUGAUCCGACAUGACGUCUGUGCACAGUUUCCAGAGCUGAAUGGCUUCAUUUACGGGGAAGAAUCCAACAAGUUUGAGAAUGGACUCGGAGAGAGCGUGAACGUUACUGUAUGCGCUAAACAAGAGGACACGAUGACUUUACUAGCCAAAGUGCUGGACGGAGACGGAACGGCCGCUUCGCUUCUCGCCGAAGCCAUCCAUCAGAAUCUGCAACUCCGAGACGAACUUGCCGAAAAGCUACAGCUCCCUCUGAAACCCGAGGACUUGGCCAUCUGGAUCGACCCCAUCGAUGGUACAAGUCAGUAUAUUGAAGGGAAGGAGCGGGAGAUAGCAGUUGAAGAGUUCUGCCCUUCCGGUCUUCCAUGUGCACUCGUUCUUAUCGGUGUUUACCUGCGUGCAACCGGAGAACCCGUGAUGGGGGUCAUCAAUCAGCCAUUUACACGCAAAGACUCAACCGGGAAGAAAUGGCAGGGUCGGUACUUCUGGGGAGUUUCGUAUGAAGAUAUCAACAUAUGCUCCUUCACACCAUGUCAGCGGCCUAUGGGGAAAAACCCAGACUCUCUCUCUGUGGUCCUGAGCUCCAGUGAGAAGCAGGAAGUGAAAGAUACUUUGUCACAGCUCUGCGAUGGCCAGCUGACCUACGCCUCAGGGGCGGGGUAUAAAAUCCUGUGUGUGAUUCAGGGCUUGGUGGAUAUGUACGUGCUCUCAGAGGGCAGCACGUAUAAGUGGGACUCGUGCGCUCCUCAUGCUAUACUACGUGCCUUUGGAGGGGGUAUCUGUGACCUCAGCCAGUGCCUUUCUGCUGUCAGGAACGGCAAUAAGGACCUCAGGGCAGAACUGACCUAUAAUAACCCCUGCGCUGGGUGUCAGGGGGCUGAGCAGUGGGCAAACAAGGGGGGUUUAGUGGCAUAUUUGGACUCUGCAGUUCUGGCCAGAGUGGUUGAGGCACUUGCUAAAAAAAUAUGAUUUUUUGUUGUUGUUGUUUUGUUAAGAUGUUUAUUUUAGGGCAAGACUGGUUUUAUAUCCUUUACAUUUUCGUGCAAUUUAUCAACAUAUUUAUGCCAUAAUAGAUUUUGACAAUUAUGUAAAACAAUUUUUUUUUAGGCUGCCUACGUAGGCAACUUUGCCAGGUUGCAUUAGCUAUAAGUCCCGGGUCUCUUGUCUGAAAGCUUGAAUCGAAGCUUGCAAGCAAAUUCACAUAUACAUGGGGUGCUAAAACUUGUGACAUACGGUAAAGCCUUAUUCUAAAUCAUCGAUAGUUAAAGAUGAAUUCCAAAUGCAAUGUUGUGAUCUCAUAAGCUAAAAAUAAAUGUAAGGAAAUAUUGUAAUGUCACAUCAGCACAUGACUACAAUUAUGUGUCCAUUUCUAUUAUAUAAUGUACAAGGCUGCUGGUUUCUAAAGUGUGUAUAGAAAUCUAUAGAUAGAAACAGUUUCUUAGUGAAUUGUGUUGUUUAUAUCAAAACAGCAAAUCCAUGAAGACCUCUGUCAUUAUUAUAUUUACCUUUAUAUUACUUUAUUAAAAUUACAGUUACUGGUUAAAGUCUGUAUGUAGCCAGUAUGCAAUAUACUAUUUUAUAAUGUCCUGUACAGUUUAAGAUGCAAAUGUCAUUCUGUUAUAAAUAUUAAAGAUAUGUAUUACUGGGUAACUUCAA